UGACCCGGGUGACCAGGUGAAAUUCAAGCGCUCAUUGUGCUGAGAGCAGCUUUCGCGUGAACAACGUUUCAACGGAGCGCAGCGUUCGCAAGAAAUUCGAUAAAAAGAAAUUCUACAAUAAAAAGAAGAGCAAGAGACACGCAGGAGCGUUUUCUAACUGUUUCUGUCGGGAUCGACUGUCGUGCAUUUGUCACUGUGUGUGGUGUAUCUGUGUGCGUGUGUAUGCAAGUGUGUGAGUGAGCAGCACGCUAUGAAUCCAAUUGACCGCAUUGCGUUUCCAUUUCCGUUUCCGGUUGCAUUCGCUAUAAUCGAUACCGCUGCCUUGGAUGCGCGACACUAGUGACUGUGAUUGUGUUUUACCCAAAUAAAAUUAAUAAAAAAACAAAUCUAAAAUAACAAUAAAUAAUAAAGAGAAUUGGAAAGAGCGAUUCUUAGACAUGUUGAUUGAGCCGACUUUAAACCGUGACCUUGGCUCGCUUACUGUCGCUAAUUCUGGCCUCUCGGCCGCGCACUGGAAAAUGGAGCCCCAUCCCCAACGCAUCACAUCGCUGGCCCCUCACGCUUCCAGUGUAGCGGCGGCAUCCGUGGCAGCAGCAGCAGCAGCAGCGGCGGCAGCGGCAGCAGCGGCGGCCGGAGCGGGAUCGGGAUCGGUAUCCGGCGGCGGAGGGGCCACAUCCACAUCACCCACAUCUGUGCAAAUACCAGCGGGCUUUGGCGGCGGCGGCUCCACUGGCGGCAUUCCGCCCGGUGCAGGUGGACCCACGGGGAGCACGUUAAACACCCUGAUGUCACAGCAUCGCCUCCUGGAAUUCUCACGUUUCGGUGGUCUGCGUGGCUAUGACAUUGCCCAGCACAUGCUAACCCAGCAGGGAGCUGUCUCCAAGUUGCUAGGCUCGCUCCGACCACCGGGCUUAAUUGGUGGCUCAAAGCCCAAGGUGGCCACGCCGACGGUCGUCUCCAAGAUCGAGCAGUACAAGCGCGAGAAUCCGACGAUCUUCGCCUGGGAGAUACGAGAACGCCUGAUCUCGGAGGGUGUCUGCACCAAUGCCACCGCUCCAUCGGUGAGCAGCAUCAAUCGCAUCCUGCGCAAUCGAGCCGCCGAGCGGGUGGCCACCGAGUUUGCUCGCACCGCCGCCUAUGGCCUGUACCCGCCACCCCCUCAUCCGUACGGUAGCUUCACCUGGCAUCCGGCCGGCAAUGUGCCCGGCGGCCAGGGAGUACCACCACCGCCGCCUCCAUCCGCCCUGUGGUCCGUCGCCGCUCCCACGCUCGCCAAUCUGCCUCCGAGUGCAGCGAGCGCUGUGCCCGUCUCCACUUGUGGCUCCCUCAGUUCGGCGCACUUGAUGGCUGGCGGAGCAGGUGGCACACCCACCAAUCGAGCUAUCUCUCCUGGCUCUGGCAGCCACGAUACCUUGGAAUCAGCGGAUGAGAACCGGCACAUUGACUCCGAUUAUCUGGAUGACGAUGAUGAGCCCAAGUUCAGGCGGAAUCGGACCACCUUCAGUCCGGAGCAGUUGGAGGAGCUGGAGAAGGAGUUCGACAAGAGUCAUUAUCCUUGUGUGAGCACCAGGGAGCGGCUGUCCAGUCGCACCAGCUUGAGCGAGGCAAGAGUUCAGGUGUGGUUCUCCAAUCGCCGGGCUAAAUGGCGUCGCCACCAACGCAUGAAUCUCCUGAAGCGUCAGCGCUCCAGUCCCGCCAAUCCGCUGCACUCGCAGCAGUCGAACGAUGCGCCGGCCAGUUCGCCCACGCCCAGUAACCACAGCAGUGCCUCCACCUCCGCUCCAGUGGCUCCCGUGCCGCCACCUCAGCAGCCGUUGCCCCUGUGCGGUGACCACUCGCCGCAGGGUCCGCCGCCUUCGGUGCUGUUGCACCCACUGCAUGGUCCUCCAGGCGGCCACCAUCAUCAUCAUUCUCUGCACCUGCCCACGCAUCCAGCUGCCCUCCAGCUGCUCAGCCACUACCACCAGCAGCAGCAGCAGCAGCAGCAUCAGCAGCAGCAGCAACAUCAUCAACAACAGCAACUCUCACCCAGUGGAUGCAAUCCGGCGGCGAGUCACCUCUCCAUGGGCGGGGAGCGUAGUGCCUUCAGGAGUCUGGUUAGCUCACCCUCGGCGGCUGCCUUCCUGGGAUUGGCCAGGCAAUAUGCAGUGGCCGCAUCACUAACGGUCGCCGAGGAGCAGCGCUCCAGAUUACACUACUCCGCGGGCGGUUUGGGCAGCGGUGGUGAGGGCACAGGACCCAAUACCAACACCAGCGGCACCACUCAAUCUGGCGGCUCAACCAUGACGGUGGACAACUCGUCAUCGGAUUCGGAUGAGGAGAUCAACGUGCACGACGAUUCCGAUGGUGAAAUUGAGUCGUCGGCGGCAACGGCGGCAAAGGUGGCCCGCCUGUCAUCCUCCGAUGCGCCGGCCACGUUGCAAUUCCUAAAGCAUGACCGCUAGAUGGACGACAUGGGCGACAAGGGCCACCUGGUCUAGAUGGGCGGCGGCAAAGUCUAAUUGAAAACCUGAGUUGUGCGCGCCUCUGUGAUUGACAGUGGCAACAAAAACAAAAGCAGCAGCAGCAACAGCAACUACUGAUGCAAUUGCAAUUGCAUUUGAAAUGCAGCUUGGUGGACUGAAAUACGAGAAGCGACUACACACACAGUGGGCAAACAAAUCGAAAAACCAAAGUUAAAAUGCUGCUCACCUACUUGGCUGCGGUUCGGGGUCGCUAGAAAAAUAGAAAUAAACAAAAAAAAUAGAAAAAAGUAAACAGAAAAAUGUAGCAGACAACAGCAGCAACAACAUAAUGGGCGGCUUAAGAUUAGCAGAAAUUGUAACUAAUACCCGAUACGAACACGCUUGUCCCACUUGAAAUGCACAUGCCCAUUGUAUACCCUAUAGUUAUGCAUAAUUAUACUACAAUACUUGUUCAUUCGCCGGCUGCCGACUUACCUCAUCACCAUUUAAGGCUAUAGCAUAUGCAAUAUCUAACUAUAUGUAACUUUAAACUUUAAAAUAGUCCUAAGCCAAAUCUAUUUAUGAAUGCGUGUUGUUUAAGCAUUUGAUUCAUGAGUUGGUUGCGUUUGAACUGAUAUUUAGUGCGUAGACUAAGUGUUUUUGGCUCAAAUCAAAAAAAGAUAAAUGGUCAACCGCAGAGUGAGAAACCAAUAAAAAGUGCAAGAAAUAAUCAAGAA